CCGGGAGAUGGAGGGCGGCGACCGGCGGCGGGGAGCAGCGCCGGAGGGGCGCCGGCCGGAGGUGGAGGACGGUGACCGGCUGCCGGAGGAGCGGCGGCCGGAGCUCCAUCUCACCUGCUCCUCCAUGCCGGCAGGAUGCGGGUGUGCGAGAGCGGCAUCACCAAGGAUCUGGCGUGGCGGCGGUCGCAGCUCAAGGGGAUAAUCAGGCUCCUAACCGAGAAGGAGCAGGAGAUGUUCGACGUGCUUCGCGAUGACCUCGGCAAGCACCGUGCUGAAUCCUACAGAGACGAGAUUGGCGCUCUCGUCAAGUCCGUCAAUCACACGCUGCGAAACCUGGAGAGAUGGGCGGCGCCCGAGAAGGUUCAAGCGCCGCUGGUUUCAUGGACGGCCGCCGUUGCACCGCGCGAGAGGAGGCUCGACGACCACGACAGCGGCUGGCUGAUAAGGGAAUCGACCGUUGGAGAAGGAUUCAGCGGUGCCACAGUGGACGGAUUCAUGGCGACUUGCGACGGCUGCGGAUUCAUGGCGACCUCACAGUGGCGGGAGCCGCUGCCGGCGAUGGAGAGAUGGACCUCGGCAGGCAACGACAUGGUCACACUGUUAGCAGCAGGCUCGUCUCCCUCUCCCUCUCUCUCUCUCAUGACAUCCGGUUUACCCUACAGCAAAUUGGAAAGAAAGACUAUGUUGGUCGGCCUCGGGUAGAUCUAUGUGUGGAUU